AUGCCGGGGGAGCGCCGGGAUCGGGGCCCGGGCCGGGCCCUGGCGGGGCUGCGGGAUCGGGGCCCGGGCCGGGCCCUGGCGGGGCUGCGGGAUCGGGGCCCGGGCCGGGCCCUGGCGGGGCUGCGGGAUCGGGGCCCGGGCCGGGCCCUGGCGGGGCUGCGGGAUCGGGGCCCGGGCCGGGCCCUGGCGGGGAGGCCUCGACCGGAGCCUCGCGCGCGCCGUUACCGCGGGGACGGUUGCCGGGAUACGGGCGUGGCGUCACUUCCGGCGUUACCGCCGAGCGGCGCGAACCGGGCCGGGGCCGGGCGUGAGGGGGUGUGGUCUGGCAUGGAGGGGGCGUGGUCAUGGGUGGCGGGGCGGUGCCGAGCCGUGAGGGGGCGCGGCCGAACUGUGAGGGGACCGGCACCGGCACCGGGACAGCGACCGGCACCGGGACAGCGACCGGCACCGGGACAGCGACCGGCACCGGGCUCCUCUGGCGGAUCGUGGAUCGCUGCCCUCACAACGGCUGCGGCAGCGCGGAGCCCGCCGCCCUGGGAGCCCUCCCGGUGUCCCCACAGCACGCCCCGCUACUGCUGUGCAGAUGCUGCCGAGCAAAGUUGUGACAGAGCUCGACCACAGAGAGCAGCAAAUCCGAGUGGGACGAAACCUGAGCAAAUGAGAAUCCUGCUGCCGUCGAAGAGAGAUCACCUUAUAUGGGAACACCACAGACAGGAGCAUGAACGCGUCCGGCCGGGCUGCCGAGACUCUGAGCCUGGGAUUUACAGGUCGGACCCUGAGAGCUCUGCACGUCCGCAGCCCCACCUCCUGUGUGUGCAGUGUCAGUGGUGGCCUCACACCUCUCCCUGCCCCCUGGACCAGAUGCACACAGUUGGCUCAGAACACACUGAGCAGCUGCAGCUUUGUGUGACUCUGUGCAGCAGGAGAGGCACAGCCAAGUUGUCUAGCCACUUCUCACAGACUCUGACAGGAGAGGAUGAUGUUAACAGCUCAGGUGAGAACACUGUGUUUGUCAUGACCAAUGUGAUACUGACACUGAACCAGAGCCAAGGCCGCUGCCCAGAGCUCCCAGACGAUCAAACAAAGUGUGAGGUGAAGAACAAAUGUAUUCCAGGAUAUGUCAGCACCCACAGCAGUGGCAUCCAGACUGGGGAGUGUGUUCCAUACAACAACAGCAUUAAGACCUGUGAAGUCUUUGCAUGGUGCCCCGUGGAGGAUGACUAUCGCAUACCCAAGCCAGCAUUCCUGCGAGAAGCUGAGAACUUCACCCUUCUGGUGAAGAACAACAUUUGGUACCGCAAGUUCAACUUCAGCAAGCGAAACAUCCUCCCCACUAUCAACUCCACCUACCUCAAGAACUGCAUCUAUGAUGCCCAGACUGAUCCCUUCUGCCCUAUCUUCCGUUUAGGGAAAAUAGUUGAAGCUGCAGGGCAGGACUUCCAGGAAAUGGCUGUGGAGGGUGGAGUCAUGGCACUGCAGAUCAACUGGGAUUGCAACCUGGACAGAGCUGCUUCCCACUGUGUGCCAAAAUAUUCCUUCCGGCGCCUCGACAACAAGGACUCUGCCCACACCGUCUCACCCGGCUACAACUUCAGUCAACCACGUGGCAGAGUAAGUCUGAUCUCACUUAUUUGUUCUCAUCCCUUUUCCCUGUCUUUUGCCUGCUGUCACCCAGUGUGGGACACGGAGCAGCCUUUGUGCUCCCGGCCCUGCCCUCUCGCGGCUGCCUGGUCCCCUGCAGCCCUUGCCUGCCUCUCUCGUGUAGCUGACUUUCUUCCUGUUAGUCCUUCUGCUCCCCUGCUAAAGCUGCUUUCUCCCCUUCCUAUGCCUUGCAAAUUUCCUCAUUUUAUGGUGCUCACUGUUGUCUUGAAUUCACCUGCUUUGGGCUUUCCUCCUAUGUGAGUUUGCCAGCAUGAAAUUUCCAUCACUCAGGGCUUGUGUCUGGAAGUACCAAUGUUCAGCCCAUUCACUUGGGAUGGGGAACACACCUGGAUGUUGCAUGAUCACAUAAGCAACCUCAAAAUUUCCAGUUAAGCUCUGACCUAUAUUUU